UUUUCUUUUGAUGAGCAAGGAAAUUUUGAUGUGCCUGCGAUUAUUGACUACAUACUAAAUGUGACUAGUGAAUUAAAAUUAUUUUAUGUUGGACAUUCACAAGAUUGCACCGCAAGAAGUCUGUGGCACUGCGUUAGGUCUGACUACAGGCUUAACGAAGAAUACAAUACCUACAAGUACACUUUCUGUCGCUUUCGGACAUCUACCUGUCGGUGUGUCUGCAAAAACUUUAGCUCAUUUUGGACAGUUAAUAUUAUCGAAGAAAUUUGAACGUUACGAUGAAGGUAAAAUUGGUAAUAUCAAAAGAUAUGGUACAGAAAAAACUCCGGAGUAUAACGUUACAAAUAUCUCAUCACCAGUAGUAUUAAUUUGCAGUCAAAAUGAUUGGGUCUCCUCAUUGAAGGAUGCUAAGGAAUUAAGUUCAAGACUAAGGAACGUGGUUGAGACGUACAUCGUACCUAACACAUAUUGGAGUCACAAUAACCACUUAUGGGGUAAAGAUGCGCAGACAUUGGUAUUUAAGAAGAUACUUGAUUAUUUUGAUAAAUACAGAAACAACGUGAACUAACUAUACAUCAAAAUGUACAUACCUCAAAGUUCUUAAGUUAGUGCCUUAGACCAAAUAUUAUUCAAUAAGUGAUGAUUAACUUUAUUGUUAUUUUUUCAUACAAUUUCAUUCAACUAUCAAUCAAU